CAGUGCCCCAGUCAGAUCCCUGAGCGCCGUGGAAAGAUUUCCAGCAGAAAGACCCGAUCUUGGGAUCGGGAUGCUGGACGUGAACGUGCCCCUCAGGCUGACCCUGGGCGCGAUCCCACCGCACUUCAUCCCCAGGAGCGCGCGUGCGCGUGCACACACUCCCACACUUACAGCUCGGAGCACCCACCUGCAGCUCUGGUUUCUGUGAACUCUGGUUCUCCAGGCAAGUAAACCCAAAGGAAUACUGUCCAGUUCUUGAAUUUCUAAACUAUGGCUCAUGGAUCAGUGAUAUUCAGUGAUGUGUCCAUAGUCUUCUCUCAGGAGGAGUGGGAAUACCUGGACUUGCAACAGAGGGACUUGUACAGAGAUGUGAUGUUGGAGAACUACAGCAAUUUAGUCUCAUUGGGAAGCAUCAUUUCUAAACCAGAUGUGAUUUCCUUAUUGGAGCAAGGAAAAGAGCCCUGGAAAGUUGUGAGGAAAGGAAGAAUAUUACAUUCAGAUUUGGAGACCAGAUAUGAAACCAAGAGGCUAUUUUCAGAAAAUGACAUUAAUGAAAUAAACUUAGUCCAGUGGAAGAUAAUGGAAAGAAUUAACACACAUGGCUUUAAGAACCUAAUUUUAAAAUAUAAUUGUGAGUCAAAAAAAAAUUUUAAAGGACAAGAGGGAUAUUUUGGAGAAGUGAAAAUAACAUCUCAAAAAGUGUCCUCUUACCAGAAACAUACAUCUCUUACUCCAUAUCAGAGAAUUCAUUUUGUUGAGAAACCCUAUGAAUGUAAAGAAUGUGGGAAGGCCUUUAGAGUACGCCAACAACUUACUUUUCAUCACAGAAUUCACACUGGUGAAAAGCCCUAUGAAUGUAAGGAAUGUGGGAUGGCCUUUAGACAGACUGCCCACCUUAAUCGACAUCAGAGACUUCAUACUGUUGAAAAACUCUAUGAAUGUAAGGAAUGUGGAGAAUCUUUCAUGUCUGGCCCAGACCUUAGAGUACAUCAGAAAAUUCAUACUGGUCAGAAGCCAUAUGAUUGUAAGGAAUGUGGGAAGGCUUUCAGAGUGCGUGGACAACUUACUCUUCAUCAGAGGAUUCAUACUGGUGAGAAACCCUAUGUAUGUACAGAAUGUGGAAAGGCCUUUAGACAGUAUGCCCAUCUUACUCGACAUCAGAAGCUUAAUACUGCUGACAAACUCUAUGAAUGUAAAGAAUGUGGGAAGGCCUUUUUGUGUGGCUCUGGCCUUAGAAUACAUCACAAACUUCAUACUGGUGAGAAACCUUAUGAAUGUAAGGAAUGUGGGAAGGCUUUUAGAGUGCGACAACAACUAACACUCCACCAGAGAAUUCAUACUGGUGAGAAACCCUAUGAAUGUAAGGAAUGUGGAAAGACCUUUAGUCGUGGUUAUCAUCUUAUUCUUCAUCACAGAAUUCAUACGGGGGAGAAACCUUAUGAAUGUAAAGAAUGUUGGAAGGCGUUUAGUCGUUAUUCACAACUUAUUUCACAUCAGAGCAUUCAUAUUGGUGUUAAGCCCUAUGACUGUAAGGAAUGUGGGAAGACCUUUAGACUACUCUCACAACUUACACAACAUCAGAGUAUUCAUAUUGGUGAGAAACCCUAUAAGUGUAAGGAGUGCGGGAAGUCCUUUAGAUUGCGCCAAAAACUCACUUUACAUCAGAGCAUUCAUACUGGGGAGAAACCCUUUGAAUGUAAGGAAUGUAGAAAGGCCUUUAGACUUAAUUCAUCACUUAUUCAACAUCUGAGAAUUCAUUCUGGGGAGAAACCCUAUGAGUGCAAGGAAUGUAAGAAGGCCUUUAGACAGCAUUCACACCUAACCCAUCAUCUGAAAAUUCAUAAUGUAAAACUAUAA